GGCAGCUGGAUAAACAAUCAGUACGAGUAGCCAGAAAACAUUUUGGAAUCUCGGUACUUUACCAGAAUUCUCUUGCAGGUUGGAGAGAGUAUGUCAGCCCGAUUUGUUUGUCCUUAAAUUUGGAAACUGUUUUUGUGUAUACAUUCAUUACAUUGUAAUAUCGUUAACACUUUUCGUUGGUAUUUGUUUAGCGACCGAAUUUAAUAUUUUGUUCAAAACAUGAGCGCGCAGAUUUUGGGAAUUGAUCGGAUGACUGGAGUGACUGGCCACUUGGUUCUCAAUGAAGACGGCGCAGUUAUCAGCUCUGCGGGCGAGCUCCGAAAUAACGAAGCCUUAUCGGAUCCUGUGCUUGGUAUACUUCGAGCGAUACAGAAAGGAAAGAAUAGCCUUUGCAAGGAUGAAGAAUUUCAAAGCGUCCAAGUGUAUUCCGAUAAUGCGAUUUUCCUCGUGUUCCGGCAAGCUCAGAAAAUCUGCAUCGUGAAAAAACGAUUCGAAAUGGAACCUUUGAUUGCUCUUCAUUGAUCUUUUAAAUUUCUUGCACCCUUGUUGCUGCAGUUUUUGUGGUGAUUGGAUAGAAGACUAAUUAUCUGUACGACUAAUUAUUAAUGAAUUAUGAAGACGAAUUAUGAAUUAUUGAUGAAUUAUGAAUUAUUGUAAAGACUAAUUAUCUGUACGACUAAUUAUCUUUAUUAUUUAUUAUUAGCUCGUACUGUUGUUUAACUUGGUGCUUCAAUAACUUCAGUAAUUCGUUGAUGUGACCGUUAGGCAUACAGAUAAGUACUGUACGAGUACUUGUUUUGUGUUCUCAGCUGAAAACUUAAACCCAUUUGAUUUUCUUAUGCCAAAAUCUAAUGCUCGGCUUGUAAAAAAAGGAUAAUCUACUUUAUUCACUCGUCACUGCUGUUAAAAAAACAAACGACUCAGUCGCACUAGUCAUAAAAAACCAACAAACUAGAGGAACAA